AAACAGCCACUCACCUGUCCCACAAUCCCACUGUGUCCUCUCUGCAGCCCGUUUCACCAGCCACCUGCCCUGUAUUCCAGGAGGCCGGCAUCUUCAGUGUGGGCACCCGGCUGUGAUAGCUUGUGGCUUCACAGCCGGGUACCCACUGCGCAUGCGCAAGUAGCGCUGAGCUUCAUGAAUGGUCCUGUAGUCUUCUGGGAUCUGUCACAUGUCCCAAAAGACUACAGGGAGGGAGGACACCUUCUGCUUCCGAUCGCCUAGGUGAUCGGUCUGGAAGUGGGAGCGGGUACCUGUCAAAUUGCGGUACCCGCCCCACAAUGUUGCCAAUCCUUAAUGGGGAGCGGGGGAGCAGCCCUUAAAGUGGAACUUCCCCUUUUGGGUGGAGCUCCGCUUUAAGUACUACAUGAUCCUCU